AUGACCGGCAACAGCGAGAUCUUUAAAUUACUCGGGCAAAAAUCCCCCUACAAACGCAAACGGCGUGUGAGGUUCGAUUUUAUGAAAAAUAGAAGGAAAGUUAAUGGUAGUCAUGAUGGAUUUCAGAGCCCUGAAUACGAAAUCCCGCUACCCAAAUUUAAGAUCCCUCAAAAUUUGAAAAGAAUUUUUGUCAAGUCCGAACCAGAUGCUCUUUUGACUAGCGAACUCAAGGAUCUUCGGUUAGAUAGCAUCAAUUAUGAGAACUUCUUUAAUACUCUUCUCUUCGCGGAAGAGUACCAGAUGAUAAAUGACAUUAUGCUGUAUGAUCAGGAAGGUGUGGAAAUGAAAAAAAGGGAUCGUUUUUUCAUAUUGCAUGUGCCUGGACUUGCAGAAAAACGACCUUCGGUCAUUGUUGGAGAUCAUGUUUUUGUUGUGAAAUGCGGGGAAGACGAAAGAGAGAAGGCAUACCAAGGGUUUAUUCAUCAUGUCGAAGAAAUGAGCAUCACAAUAAAAUUCCCGAAAGUAUUUUCUUCUGUGUACUCUUCAAACACAAGGUUCAAUGUCCGGUAUACCUUUAAUCGAUUACCAAUGAGAAGGAUGCAUAAUGCUCUUAAAUGUGCAGAUAUUAUUGAACGAUUAUUUCCCUCGAAUGAAGCAAGAACACACUGCAAUAUUGAUAAAAUCAUGCAGAAAAAUAGCUUCGAAACUAUCAACAAAACUAUUGAGAACAAUAUAUACCAAAUGCGUGCGGUAGUUCUCAUCAAACAAGAACUUUAUCAUCCCGCUCCAUUUAUCGUCUUUGGUCCGCCUGGGACAGGCAAGUCCGUUACUAUUGUGGAGGCGAUGAAACAGCUUCUGAACGAAGAAAAAGGAAACGUGAAAAUUCUUGUCUGUGCGCCUUCAAACUCUGCGGCCGACAUACUACUGAAAAAAUUGAGUACAACUUUGUUACCUGAUAAGGUGGCUAGAAUUAAUGCCGCUUGUCGGGAUAUAGAAAAUGUAUACACCGAUGAAGGCCUUCGCAGAUAUUGUAAAGAUCUCGACCUAAAAAGCUUUGAGAAUCACAAAAUUAUUGUGUCUACCUGUGCUACCGCUGGUUCAAUACAUGCGCUCGGUGGAGGUAAAAGAUAUACCCACAUUUUUAUCGAUGAGGCAGGACAGGCCAUGGAACCUGAAGUUAUGACUGCGCUUCAAAAUGCAUCAAAGGAAACCAAGAUUAUCCUAGCUGGCGACCCAAGGCAAUUGGGUCCAAUUGUUAAUUCUUCAAUUGCGAAAAGGUUGGGUCUUGGAAAAUCUCUUAUUGAACGUCUUGUAAAUAUGGAAAAUGGUCCCUAUGACUUUAGCGAGACUUGCAAUUACGGAGUGAAACUCCGUAUGAACUAUCGUUCUCAUCAGGAAAUCCUCAGAGUCCCGAAUGAAUUGUUCUACGAAAACGAACUAAAAGCGUGCGGCGACAAAAGUAUCACUCAUAGCUUAGUUAAUUCCAGUGCCCUCCACAAAAAGAACUAUCCGAUCAAAUUUGUAAGUGUAUAUGGACAAGAUUUGCGUGAGGGUCACUCUCCAUCUUGGUUUAAUAUUGAAGAGGCCGCAGAAAUUCUUAAAAUAGUGCAGGAACUCGUAGAAAAAGAUAAUGUCAGAAAAGAAGAUAUUGGCAUAAUCACUCCUUAUUGUAAACAAGUUGAAAAGAUCAAGACAUUGAUGGAAGAUAACAACUUUGAAGGAUUAGAUAUUGGUACCGUGGAAAAUUUCCAGGGACGCGAACGACUUGUGAUCAUCAUUUCUACCGUUCGUUCGACACCUAAAAAUUUGGAGCAUGAUGGAAAGUUUCGUCUUGGAUUUCUCAACGAACCAAAACGAUUCUGUGUUGCUGUCACCCGGGCACGGGCCUUUAUGGCAGUUGUAGGAAAUCCAAACUUACUAUUUUCGGAUGAAUAUUGGAAGAGAUGGUUGAAAGAAGUGAAUAUAAGGGGUGGUUAUGUUGGAGAACCGUUCCCAAAGGAGACCGAUGAUGGUGAAGAGCAACAAUAA